AUAUUAUUUUCUAUAUACAAAAGUACUAGAUGGGAUAAAAUGAUAUCAUCAUCUUCUUCUUCAAGUGAUCUUAAACAAAAGCUCCGAUACAUUGUUGAAAACCAAAAUGAAUGGUGGUCUUAUUUCAUCUUCUGGAAAUCCUCAAACGACAACUCCGGCCGUCUAAUUCUCUCAUGGGAAGAUGGUCAUUUACAAGGAACAAAAAAAGAAUCAAACCCAUAUCCAGACACCAACUCCCCCGCCAACGGCUACAUAAUUACCGACAUGGAAUGGUUCUUCUCUGUGUCGGUAACCACUUCUUACCUCGCCGGAGAAGGAAUCCUCGGCAAAGCUUUCAGCUCCGGCUCUCCCAUCUGGCUUGCCGGAACCCAACAACUUAAUAACUUUAAAUGCGAAAGAGUCAAAGAAGCUCAGAUCCAUGGAAUCCAGACUUUAGUCUUUAUCCCUAUGGUCGCCGGAGUGCUGGAGAUGGGCUCCGGCAAUGUUAUUAGAGAAAAGUUGGAGCUCGUUCACCAGGUGAAAUCGGUGUUCGGUGAUGUUGGACCAAGUUCAAUGAUUGAAUUCUCGAAACAAGAAGAAGAAGGAGAGAGAAAGACGAAGAAGAGGGGGAGGAAGCCUGGGAUGGGUCGAGUUGUACCGGUGAAUCACGUGGAGGCGGAAAGACAGCGCCGGGAGAAACUGAACAAACACUUUUAUGCUCUCCGGUCGGUUGUUCCAAACGUGUCUAAGAUGGAUAAGGCGUCUCUCCUCUCGGACGCCGUGUCCUACAUCGGGGAACUAAACGCCAAGUUAUCGAAACUGGAAUCCAAGCUGAAGACGACGACGUUGACGGAGAAUGAUGAUGAUGAUAACCAUCCUCCUGAAAUCGGAGACGACGACCUGAGCAACACUACUUCGUCGGAAGCUGACCUCCCAAACUCAUCGGCGACGUCGGCAUCGGUGGAGUUGAAGAUAGUGGGGACGGACGCAAUUGUGAGGGUUCAAUCGGAGAACGUGAAUUACCCAUCAGCUAGACUGAUGGACGCACUCCGGCGAAUGGAGUUGCCAAUCCAUCAAGCUAUUAUUUCGACGGCGAACCAUCUUAUGAUGCAGGAUGUGGUCAUCGGAAUCCCUCAAAAUCUUAGAGAUGAAUUAGACCCACAUUCACUCAAAGCAGCUCUUCUAGCCAAAUUCAAUAACCUCUAUCCCUAGACUCCACCAGGUCUUUGGGUUCGAGUUGUUGAGUGUGUUUCAAUAGACCCUUGUAUCAUUAAUUAGUAAUGUAUAUGUUAAUUUAUGUUUGUACUAAAAAAAUAGUAUCUAAUUCUAUAUUAUUAUGUUUUUUUUUUUAAAUUUAUAAUUAGCUAGUUGUUUU